AUGGGCAAGGGCGAAACAAGCAAGUCUUCUCACAGUUCUAGAGAAAAGGAUUCAGAGAGAAAGCGUAAAAAACGGCGCAAAGACGACGACAACGAUGAAGGCGGUCGGAAGACCAAGCACAGGAAGAAAGAUUCAGGACGUAAGCUUAAGAUUGUUGACGACAACCCGGACAAUGAAGAUAUGUGGGUUGAGAAGAAUAUAGACAUGGAUGGUGAACGGGUCCUUGCAACAAGUAUUCCAACCGCUGAAAGCCUCAAGCUAACCUCUUCGUCUGAGCCGGGUCCUUCUGCACCUCCCUUGCCACCUGCAGCAGUCACAGAAUCAACUCUCAAACGCGAUGACUGGAUGUUGCUCCCCAACUCUGCAGCUAAUGACUCAAGUGUCUCUCGCGUAUCGGCACAGCAAUCUUUCGCUGGCGACGAAUCACUCACAGAAAGUUAUGGUGAACCUUCUGGUGGUUCGCGCUCGGGGAACGGCAUCGACUUCUUUUCCAACAUGGGGACAGAGAUUAAGAAGAAGAAUCCCAAAUUGAACAAGCCGGAUCCUGACAGGCCUGCAGUCAGUAAUAGGGAGCUUAAUGUGGAAAUUAAAGAAGGAAGGAAGAUAGAUUUCGAUUCAACACCCCCACCUCCUAAGGCCAACGUACCAGGCGGACCAGGGUCGCCGUGGCGCAUGAUGCGACUCAGAAAAGUGUAUGAAGCGGCCAAAGAGGAAGGGCUUGAUGUCGAGACGCUGGGUGCUGAACGAUUUGGAUCGUUGCAAGCAUUUGAGGAAGCAAAAGAGGAACGGCGUAUUUUAGACGAAAGGGAAGGGAAACGUGCAGAGCGGGGUCGUGUCACGGAUCCAUCUUCGCAAGGUGAAGCUGGAGAAAAAAGCCUUAUGUUCACCGACGUCGGAGGAAGCGGGUCGUCAAGUCGCAGGUCCUCAUUCCGUCGACCUGGUGGCAUUCCUGGUAGUGGGCCGUCAACUCCUUCUCCGCCUGAUACGCGCCCGCCAAGCAACCGAAGGCUUGACUCUCUGCGUUUGCCCUCUCAAGCCAAUUCACCGCUUGCACAAUCCCACACACCUGUCCCUUCCGUGAUGACUCCAACAUCAAUGGCGUCUGGUUCCCGUCGAGCUCUUUCGCCCUCCUCACUGAAUAAAUUACAAGCCAAAGUCUUGCGAGCAAAGCUAACCGGCAUGCCAGAUGCUGAGAAACUCGAGAAGGAGUAUGAAGCUGAGGCACGUAGGGCGAAUGGCGAGCUCGACUCGGGCGGGGAUGUUCGGAGGAAGGUAGAGGUAUUGCCUACUCUGGAUGCGCGGGGAAGGAUGUAUGAUGUCGGUCAUGGGAGGGGGGAAGAAGAGGCUCGACCUGGAAAUAGGAAGAAGAAAGAGGAAAAGUUCGAGACACACGAUCCCAAAACUGGACAAGUCAUUCGCAUCAAUGCCGAUGACGACACAGUAACAUUGGGAGAGAUGUUGAGGCAAGAACGCAUGGGCGCAGGUAUGGCGGACCAAAAGAAUCUGGAUGCACAGUAUGCACGCGCCAUCAUGGGAGAUGGCAAAUACCAGAACGAUCUCGAUUACAUCGAUGACAACGCCGAGAAACUCGGUCGACAAAAAAUGCGCUCGGACGGCAUGAAGCGUCAAUUUGCUAUUCACGAUUACAAAAGGACACAAAAAGUUCUGGCCUCUUGCAAUUUCUGCUACGGGGAAGAUGACUCGCCCCCAAAGGCUCCUGUUAUUGCGAUGGGCACCCGGGUUUACCUCUCAUGUACUCUCAACGACGAACUUGUCAAAGGUCAUUGUUUGAUAGUACCAAUCCAGCAUCAUUUGAAUAUGCUUGAGGGAGACGACGAUGUUUGGGACGAAGUUCGGAACUUUAUGAAAUGCCUCAUGCGCAUGUUUGCAGAAGAUGACAAGGGCGUUAUUUUCUAUGAAACUGUGAUCACGCUCAAGUGGCAAAAACACACAUGCAUCGAGUGUGUACCAUUGCCCUGGGAACAGUACGAACUCAUACCUGGCUAUUUUAAGGAAUCAAUCCUAGCAUCCGAAGCCGAGUGGUCUCAGCACAAAAAGCUGAUCGACUUUUCAACGCGACCUGGUGGUUUCAGGCGAGCAAUGGUGCCCAACCUGCCUUAUUUUAUGGUUCAAUUUGACCACAAGGGGGAGAGGGGCUAUGGCCAUGUUAUAGAAGGCACUUCAGAUGCAGCGGAGCAUGAGAAUGGUCUGGAAGAGGGCGAGAAGGGCGGUGGUGAUUUUCCAUCGUACUUUGCCGGCGAGAUCAUUGGAAACGUGCUUGACUUGGAGCCUAGGAGGUGGCGCCGACCCAGACGAAUUGAUCUCCACAGCAAUAAGGAGCGUGUUAAGGAGUUCAAGAAGAAGUAUGACAAGUUUGAUUGGACGGGGAUGAUUGGGCGUGUAAACUAA